UUGUUUUUGGAAAUUUUUUGAAGAAUUAGAAAUGGCAGAGGGGUGGUGGGUCGGGAAUGUGGCGAUGGACCCGAUGCCUUCGUCUUCAAUGUCGUCCCUUCAACUUAUAAGCACCUAUGGUGAUGACUACAUUAGCGGAAGCAACAACGAUCCUAACCCUAAAACCAAAAAUGUUGACCCCAAAAAUGAAGAAGGACAAGAGAAAGAUCAGGAUCAGAGCGUGCUUGAAGUUUCUGAACCAACCACUAUCGCACGCCGACCUAGAGGCCGACCGCCGAGUUCAAAGAAUAAGUCGAAGCCACCAACAAUCAUCACCAAGGAAAUGCCCAACACCCUAUUCAGCAGCAUACUAGAAAUUGGCAAUGGCGCUGACAUUGUGAAAAGCAUUUCCACCUUUGCUGAACGCCGCCACUGUGGAGUGGCAGUGCUCAGUGGUAGUGGCAUAAUCACUGAUGUGACUCUCCAGCAACCAGGUGGUUUUGGUGGAGUGAUUGUGCUCCAAGGAAGGUUCGAGAUACUGUCUUUAUCAGGUGUGUUCUUACCAGUGCCAUCACCAGUGAAGGCCAAUGGGUUAACGGUGUACUUAGCUAGUGGACAAGGGCAGGUGGUGGGAGGAGUUGUGGCAGGUCCGUUGGUGACAUCAGGGCCGGUGAUAGUGGUGGCAGGGACUUUCGCAAACGCGGAAUAUGAGCGACUGCCGAUGAAAAAAGAUGAGGAAACGAUGAAGGUGACUAUAGAAACAUCUCAAGCUCAUGGUUUAGCUUAUCAAUCCCCAUCUUUGCUUGUACACAAUGUUCCUGCCAAUGUCCUACGCAAUGCUCAAAUGUCCAAUCAUCAACCAAUGUGGGCUUAACCACCAUUGCACUCGAAUGCUCAAAGAGAGAACUCUAAAGCCUGGGUAGUUGUGGUGUUUUGCUGAGUAUGUAGUUGUGUUUUCUAUAUAUUUGUUU